UUUUAUUCAUCGAAAGAUUUGUACGAAGAUCAAACGCAUUUAUUUGGAAAAUCUUCAAAGAUUCUCCCAUUUUUUUCACGUCUGUCGGAUCUUUGAUCUUCACUUCAAAGGAUGAGUGUGAAGAGAGUAGGGCUUCCAUUGAUGAACGUCGUUAAGCUUAGAGGAACACCGAUUCUGCAGCAGUUGCUUCUAGAAGAAAGGCUUCUUCGAUCUUCCUCUGCUAAUUGGUGUAUCGUUAACGAUGGAACCAAUCGCCCUAACAUUGUCAUGGGUUUGUCUGGGAAGCCUUGUGAACUUGUUGAGCUUGAACCUGUUAUAAGAGAUCGAGUACCGGUGAUUAAGCGGUUUACUGGAGGAGGCACUGUGAUCGUUGACGAAAACACUCUUUUUGUCAGUUUGAUUUGCAAUAGAAAUGAUGUUCCAGAUGUCCAGCCUUAUCCACGAUCUGUCAUGGCUUGGAGUGGUUCCUUGUAUAGUCAAGUGUUUAACGGGAUCGGUGAUUUUCAGCUACGCGAGAACGAUUAUGUUUUUGGUGAUCGUAAGUUUGGUGGGAAUGCUCAGUCGAUAACGAGGAAUAGAUGGAUUCAUCAUACGUCGUUUCUAUGGGACUAUAGUGAGAGUAACAUGGCUUACCUUAAGCUUCCUUCAAGAGUGCCUCAGUACCGGCUGGAAAGAGACCACACGGAUUUCGUUUGUAAAAUGAAGGAUUAUAUUGAAAGAGCUGUGUUUAUAGAGAAAACCAUAAAGGCUGUGGGAACACAAUUCAUGUUGAAGGAACUUAGCUUGGAUGAGAUCGAUGAUUCUUGCAGAGAGCAUAUAGAAACCACUAGACUUCUCACACUGGAUGAGCUCAAAGAAACGUUGGCAAAAACAACUCGAAGUGAGAGUAUUGCUCAAGCUGUUUAAGUGUUUUAUUACUCUUGAUUCUUUAGCUUUCUGUUUGAGAUUCAAGUUUUUGGGUGUGGAUAAAUGUGGACUGGUGAUUAAAACACGAAAAAUAGAAGAA